GGUUACCAAGUCGGCCCAGUGCGCAGGCGCGGGAAAGUUGAAUUUUUCGAAGAAAAGUUUGUAGAAAUUGAGUGAAAGCAUCGGCGCCAGCGUCGGCGCGACUAGAGCAGAAUCCCGAACCAGGUGCCUCCAUGGCCGGCUCUGAAGAGCUGGGGCUCCGGGAGGACACACUGAAGGUUCUGGCUGCUUUCCUUAGGCGCGGUGAAGCUGCUGGGUCCCCUGUCCCAACUCCAGCCAGGAGCCCUGGCCAAGAGGAGCCAACAGAUUUCCUGAGCCGUCUCCGAAGAUGCCUCCCUUGUCCCCUGGGGAGAGGAGCCCCUCCCCCGGAGUCCUCUCGGCCCUGCUUCCUUCCCCUGCGCCCCUGCUAUGGCUCCGAGCCUGGUCCAGCGACUUCAGACUUCUAUGCCCUGGUCGCCCAGCGUCUGGAACAGUUGGUCCAAGAGCAACUGAGAUCUCCGCCCAGCCCAGAAUUCCAGGGACCCCCACCCACAGAAAAGGAAGCCCUGCUAAGGAGGCUGGUAGCCUUGCUGGAGGAGGAAGCAGAAGUCAUCAACCAAAAGCUAGCUUCUGAUCCUGCUCUGCACCGGAAGCUGGCUCGCCUGUCAGCAGGCUCUUUCGCCCGCCUUGUGGAACUCUUCUCCAGCCGGGAAGUCAGCUCCACCCCAAGCUGUGUGAGCCCUUCGCUGCCGUGCCCGGCCCCACCACCGCCAUCCCCGGAGCCACUGGCCCGCCUGGCUCUGGCCAUGGAGCUGAGCCGGCGCGUGGCCGGGCUGGGGGGUACCCUGGCCGGCCUCAGCGUGGAACACGUACACAGCUUUGCGCCUUGGAUCCAGGCCCAUGGGGGCUGGGUUGACCCUCUGAGCACUGGUUGUCACCUGCUGUAUACUCCCAUGGCCUCCUGCUACCCGCAGCUCUCAACACCAGGUCAAGAUGUUACUGUGAGCAUCUGUAGGCUCCUCUGCACUCCUUGGGAGAGGGAGCUGGGAAUGAUGGCGGAAUCCAGACUACACUGGAGCAGAAUGAGGAGAGGAAGGAUGGACAUGUGGAACUCAUCCAAGAACCUGGCAUACCCACUUCUUUUAACAGAGAUGUCAGAAGAACUUAGGGGAGACUAGAGACUGGGCAGGGCUGUCAUGGAGUUAAAGGGCAGUCCUUAGAACAGAGACUGAAACCAGCACAGAAGAGCCAGCCCCUGAACUACUCUGUGUCGGGACACUGCCCCUCUCACAGGGUCUGUCCCCUUCCUCUGUCUCCCAGCCCUCUCUGCGUGUCUGAUCCCAUCUCUCUGGCCUCAGUCUCCCCGCCUGUCUUUUGGGGAAGGCCUCAGCUCAUGGGCUCUGUCCCCUGCAGGCGGGCAUCCUGGCCAUCUCACCUGUGGACCUGGAUUUACCCUUGGACUGAGUGCUCCUCUGAAGCUGCUGCAGGAAUGACCACAACUUCUGGUGACACACGUUUCCUCUCAGGGCUGUGGGGUGGGGGCUUGCCAUGGCACUUUUUUCUUUUUCUUUCU